UGGAGUCUCAAUGGAAUUUGAUGAGGCGUUACGCGAAUGCGAUAUUGAGUCAACCACUCAACCUUGCCACCAACAACUACUUUAAAAUGCUUUAUCAACCACUCAAUCUUUGCCUUUGAUCUGUAUUAAAUACUAAAAACUAAACAAAUAAUUCCCCUAAUCUUCAGAAUUUCCGAUCAUCCUACUGCCCCAAGUACUACUCAUAUUCAAUUUAACAUCAUGUCUCAGACUGUUGUUCUCAAGGUUGCCAUGUCAUGCCAAGGCUGUUCAGGGGCAGUCAAGCGAGUUUUGGAUAAAAUGGAAGGGGUUGAAUCAUAUGACAUCAAUUUAGAGGAGAAGAAGGUGACAGUGAGAGGCAAUGUACAGCCAGAAGCUGUUUUUCAAACUGUGUCGAAAACGGGGAAGAAGACUUCGUUCUGGGAAGAGGCUGCACCAGCAGAAUCUGAAGCUAAGCCAGCAGAAACUGUUGCAUCUCCUUGAUAUAUUUAUUUCCUUGGCGUAGCAGAAGAAAUUUCUGAAUUUAUUGCAGAACUUUUUAUUUUGCGACUGCAAUGUUGUUUGUCUUCCACCUGUAACUGUAAACAAUAAAAUGAAUUCUGGUAUCUUCUGAUACUUUUUGGUUUAAUUGGAUUUGGUUACACAGUCUCUAUGAAUAAGCUAGUGUUGAUUGAUUGUAUUUC